AUGAGCGACUCCAAAUCUCCUGAACCCGUUGCAGUCCUGUUUGUCUGCCUGGGAAACAUUUGCCGUUCCACCAUGGCAGAAGGCGUGUUCCAAUCCCUCACAGCACCUUCCCACCCCUUGAUCUCCCGCAUCGACUCUGCCGGUACCGGCGGCUACCACAUCGGCUCCUCUCCUGAUUCGCGCACCAUGUCCACAUUGCGCUCAAACGGGAUAACCUCGUACCGACACGGAGCGCGAAAAUUCUCCCCCGAGCGCGACUUUGCAGAUUUUCAGUACAUACUCGCCAUGGAUGCAGACAAUCUAGAGGAUCUGUUGGCGUUGCGAAGGCGGCGGGUCAAGCAGCUCGGGAGCGAGGAAGGCGUUGGGAAGGUCAUGCUGUUUGGCGAGUUUGGGGGCAUGGGUGGGAAGGGGAGGGUGGAGGAGAUUCAGGAUCCGUAUUAUGGAGGGGAGGAUGGGUUUACGAUUGCGUAUGAACAGAGUGUUCGGUUUGGCAAGGCAUUUCUGGAGAGGUUGGAGAAGGGGGAGCUGAGUUAG